AACAAACAUGUUUGCAUUUUUCCAGAUACCAUAAGGACAUGGCCCUGAGAAAAGUUCCCCUGUGUAUGUUCCUGUGUCUGUUCUUGACCUUUGCCCUCGUGUCGGCGGCCCAGCUCUCUGAUUCUUCCCAAGAUGAGGAAAAGCCGGUGAUUUUCGUGGACCAGAACACAGACGGAAGUUCUGACGUCGGAGAUGACUUGGACAAAGCUGUAGAAUUUCUCAGCCACGUACAACGAGCCCGGAGUACGGGAGACCUCAGUAGACGGGGCUGGUGGAGGACCGCUUGGCAUGAAUACAUCCGACCCAUCGCCACAACGGCAGCCCUUUCCACAGCCGCUGUAAUGGGAAAACGGGAUCAGCCAAUCAGCGGACAGGGAAGUGAAGGAAACAGACCUGUGGUUAUCCUGGCUGCAAAAGAGCCUGCUCCCUAAAAUUGAAGUGAUGCUGUGCCGCAUGAAUGAGGAAAAAGCAUGGAUUAAUUAAAUUAAAGAAAAUGCAUUUGAGAAAGUUUA